GGUGGGCAGCAGUCGUAGACGGCAAGUCCGUACAUGGUGUCGUCGGGCAGGCGCUUGAGGCGAACGGUAGCGAGACAACAGCAAUAAUAGUAAUAAUAUUUACCGCAGAUCGAUAAAAGUUUUCGUGUUUUCAUUUUAUUGUUGCUUGUCGUCAGAAACAUUGCACCGCAAUCCGUACUUGUAACCGCACAGGUAGUUACAAUACCUGCACCGUGCAUUCGGUGUACGAUAUUAAUAGUAUACAGAAGAAAAAUUAUCAGCUAUUAUAGUACUGUACCAUGAAUAAGAAGAUAUUUUAGAAGUUCCUACAAGUUAUGUUUUUUAUUUAAUCUCCAUCUGUAUUUUUAUAAAAUCAUAAUUAAGAUGCAAGAACCUCCAACUGAUUGGCUUAUGAUCAUUGCAAUAUGUUUCAUAACUAGUUGCGUAUUAAUUGGUGUACUGUGUGUUGUUUGUUGCUUUUGGUCAAAAUGCUUAUUAUUCAAUUGUUGCCGACCAAACUAUAACAACACAUUUAUUAUAUCUUAUGACAAACCAGAAGAAGCAUUGAACUUACCACCAGAAGACACAAAUAACAGUACUUGUUACUCACCCGUACGAAUGAAAAAAAUAAAAACAUAUGAUUAUUAAAUUUUAAAGAUUUUUAAGUAAGAUAUAUGCUUGUGUUGCUUACAUGUGCGACUACAAAAAAAAAAUUGUCAAAAUGCAACGAAUGUUCCUGAUCUCAGUAUUACAUAGUACACAUACAAAUAAAUAAUAAUAAUAAGACACGAUUCAGAAACCGACUACAAUAUUUCAUUUAUU